AUGGCCUACCGUCCGUUCCGCGAAGUAACCGUGGGGAAAUGCCAGGUGCAGACGGCGACAGCACGCUUUGGCCCAGACGUGAUCGACGUCGUACGAGAACGAGACAGUGACUUCCACCAGUCUUCGGACGGCACCGUCCAGCACGACCUCACCAACGGCGUACCGACAGGCCAGUUCUACACCGGCGGUCCGCCUGCCAGCGUCAAUGGCGAACCUGUCUCUCCUGAGAGGAGAGUCCCGCGGAUGCCCUACUACCGCAACAACCUAACUGCCUUGUCGCAGAAAUACAACCUCUACUUUGUCGCCUACGAGAACCGCCUCUUCGUCUACCGCCCUCGAGAUGUGCCACGACAGACGAUUCCCGAAGAUGCCGAUCUCAUCCUUGCGACGGGUCCCGACCGAAUGUCCGAGUACGUGGGCGGCACCAUGGACCGCCGCUUCUCUCACCAGGCCAACGCCAUCACGACGGGAUUCCUCGGUCACCAGGAGAUUGUCCUGCUUGUGUUUGACGACGGGUCGGUUAUCGCAUAUUAUACCAAACACAUUGCCGAAUACGUCCUCCUCCAUGUUCGACCACCCGGCGCCGCUGCCAGCGCGGUCAAGGCGGCCCCGAUCCCGCGGCCGUUCUUUCGCGAAAACGUCGGCUCCUCAGCCUGGGGCGUCGCUGUUCACCAGGAAUCUCGCCUCAUAGCCGUCAGCUCCAACCGACGCGAGGUCACCGUCUUCGCCUUUGGUCUCUCAAAGCAGCCGGGGGGCGCCAAGAAGGGACACAAGCACGACUUUCCCGUCGCGCUCGUGGCGGGCCGCAAGCGCAACUGGCGCAUCGUCCUGCUCCUGGGGGAGGAGGGACACAACAUCCCCAACGUUUCGUUCUGGGACGACAAGAACGGGCUCGCCGAGAAGGUGUGCGCGGUAGACAUCUACGGCAACACCUGGAUUCUCGACAUCUGGAAGCCCUGCACUGCUCCGUAUCGGAUCGCGCAUAGCGACCAGGGCAGUGCGAACAUGAUCAGGGUGCCACAGGGCGGCUGGGGUGUCAUGGUCGUACCUCUCACAGGUGCAAUGCGCGCGACGACGUCGAGUGAUGCGUUUGGCACCAAGAAGCCUACCACUGUCGAAUACGAGAUUCGGACAGCACCGGGCUUUGCGCAUACGAGCGUGAUAGACAUAUCGGAGAGCCUCAACCACGUCCGCGAUAGCCCGAUUCACGGGCUGCAGCUGCCUGCUACGCUUCUGCACAUGAACCCUCCAAACCAGUUGAUAGCGGCCAUCUUUGGUCAGGGAGUCGGCCUUGGUCUAGAUGACAGUACAUCUGAGCACGAAGACGAUGAUGACGAUGACGAUGACGAGGAAGAAGAAGACGACGACGACGACGAAGGCAGUGAGGCUGGCCUGGUUGGAGACGCGAUUGGAACGAAUUUGUACAGCGAACACAAUGUCGACGGUGGUGCACCGCUUGAGCCUCCCGACACACCCCUCUCUCUGGCAAGUGACGGGAGCCAAGAAUACGACGAUAUGGAGGACGCUCUCGACUCCAACAGCAGCGGGCUCGUCUGGCCCUGGGAACUCACAGGGAGCAGCACGAUAGAUCUAGCCGAAUUCGCGCCACAAAUCAGCUCUCCACUGGCAGGCGCCAUACCUCUUCAUCCCCAGAUGCUGGAAAAUGUCGCAGCUCAGUCCAAGAUCAUCUUCCAAGGCACCAUGAACGGUCGUCGCCUGCCGUCACAAAAGCUGCACACCGUCCAGAACUUCUGGCUUGACAUGCUUUACCUGCCACAUACAGGCAAAGUCUACGCCUUCCAGUCCUCCUUCCACCACAAGGCCACAUUUCUCCGGCGCAGCCUCGAGGUCAACCGCAACACGACGCCCCAGGAUCCCGCCACCCUGAGGGAUAUCACGAGCCGUGCGUGCCUAUUACGCACGUACACGACCGACAUUGAGAUGCGGCGCCUCUCGACCCCGCACCGCGCCGUCAUCUGCCGCUCUGUCACGAGCGCUCAACCACACCACCCCGUAUUCCGCCACAUGGCACGUCUAAACAUGCUGCUACGCGUUCCGGAGCUGUCACUCGUCAUCGUCGGCUCGGCAGUCGGGCAGGUCGUCCUGCUGACGCCCACGACGGGCGACCGCGGCGUCAACUUUGCCGACGAGCGCAAGGGCCACGUACCCCAGGGAACGGACUGGUCCACUCGCCACGGAUUCCGCAUCGACUGGGUGCUGCCGACGCAGACGGACGAGGACGCCGGACGCAGGCCCGCGAGGCCGCUGUACGGCAUCGCCGUCGGGCCCGUGCAGGAGGGCGGCGCGGAGGGCAUGCUGCUGGCGCGGCCAGAGGGCAAGACCACGGCCGGGCCGGGGUCGAGACGAUAUAGGCUCAUGCUGCACUACAGAGACCACACCAUCCUGUCGUACGAGCUCAGCCGGAACGACGAUUAUCGGCUCGAGAUUGUUUGA